UAUCCCUUUUCUUCUACAAAAACUUGACUUUAAUCACAAUGCCUUCCAUUCAAACCUAUAGAGAAUAUGCUUUAAUGCGUGGUCAGAUUGUCGAUUGGAGCGAAUUCGUCUCUGAAAAUGGCUGGGCUGAUGAACAUCAAUUUAAGGAUUUUGCUCUCCCGGAAAAAUGCAUAGCUGUGUAUUACCUUGUCGACAAGCAGGAAAAGAUUGUAAUUGAUAGGGCCACUGUUAUUACAUACGAUGCUAAAUAUAAAGAAGAAUUCAAAGAAUUAAAUCUUGCCUGGGUGAAGCAAUUUUUUGAGGUAGAAGAAAGUGAUACAAGACAAUUAUGCUCACCGGAGGAAUCAAUUUUACAGCCUGGAGGUGAAAUAUUCUUCAUUCUAGAUAGUAGAGGUGUUGUUACAGGUGUUGUUGCUGAUGUUAUCCAUAACGGAGUAUGUGAAUUAGCUAAAAUGACCGUAAGAAAGGAAUGCACUGGUAAAGGAUAUGCUAAUAUUUUAAUGAGAGAAGCUAUACAAUGGGCAAAAGACAAAAGCUUUCCAUUCAUUGAACUCUAUUCAUCCGUACAAUUAGAAAAUGCUAUUGCUCUUUAUAAAAAAUUUGGUUUCCAAACGAUUCACCUUGGUCAACAUCCCUCUUAUAAACGGUGUAGCAUCAUUAUGAAAUUAGAAUUUGAUUAAUUGUUACAAUUUUAUGAAUAAAAUUUUAUUAUUUCUCAUUAUA